UGUCUGCUGACAGCUGUAACGGCGCACCUGACUCUCUGUCAUAUGAUCAUUUACUGUAUGAGAGACAAUUUAACUCCGUGUCAUUGUAUGAAUCUGCAGUUUGACAAAGACUGACAGUCUCUUCUCAGGAUGGGUGGUUUAAAUUUGCUGUGUUUAUUCUGCGUGCUGUCCGUCACUUUGGCCCGCCCACAACUCUCCUCAUGGGCGAAUGACAUGAUCAAUAUCAUCAAUUCUGCCAAGACAACAUGGACGGCUGAUGAGAAUUUUCAGGAUGUGAAGUACAGUUAUCUGAAGUCUCUCUGCGGAACCGUCCUGAAAGGCCCUCGACUGACAAAUACGAUCAAACACGCUACCAACAUUAAAUUGCCUGACACGUUUGACCCCCGAACAACGUGGUCUUACUGUGAAACCCUGAGUCAGAUUCGGGACCAGGGUAACUGUGGGUCAUGCUGGGCCUUUGGUGCGGUUGAAGCCAUUUCUGAUCGGAUCUGCAUCCACAGCCAAGGAAAAGUGUCAGUGGAGAUCUCAGCAGAAGAUCUGCUGUCCUGCUGUGAUGAAUGUGGUUUUGGGUGUAAUGGAGGUUUUUUGGCUGAGGCGUGGGAUUACUGGACUACAUCAGGUUUGGUGACCGGAGGUCUUUAUGACUCAAAUGUUGGUUGCAGACCGUACACCAUUGCACCCUGUGAACAUCAUGUCAACGGCACUCGACCACCCUGUUCAGGUGAACAAGACACUCCAAAAUGCACUGCUCAGUGUAUAUCUCAGUACAGUGUGUCAUACAAAAAAGACAAACACUUUGGCCUCAAAGCAUACAACGUUCCCUCUGACCAGCAACAGAUUAUGACUGAAUUAUUCACCAAUGGUCCUGUAGAGGCGGGUUUUACUGUCUAUGAGGAUUUUUUGCUUUACAAGACAGGGGUGUACCAGCAUGUGACGGGGUCGGCUCUGGGAGGUCAUGCUGUGAAGAUCCUGGGCUGGGGUACUGAGAAUGGAACCCCUUACUGGCUGGUUGCAAACUCUUGGAACAGUGACUGGGGUGACAAGGGAUAUUUUAAGAUCUUAAGAGGAAAAGAUGAAUGUGGAAUUGAGAGUGAAAUGGUUGCAGGGCUGCCAAAGCUGUAACGGACAGACCAACUUCUGCUAUUAUGAAUCACAUAACAGUUUUUAAAUGCAUCAGAAUCAACUGUGAUAAACACAUGGAUUUUUAUUCAGGGCUCCCAAUAUCAUGAAAAAACAUAAUUUUACAUAUUUAAUUUUUUUAAUUGGCAAUGCUUAAGGUGUUGUCAUAACAUCUCAUAAAAAUGUUUUAGUUAUGUACUGAAAUAUUUCUUAUGCCUCACAUUUCUUUAUCCAGAAGUCUUAAAUUAUUGAAACAAAAUCAAAUCAAUAGCUGUGGAAACCCCUUAAUGAUUAUAUUUUUUUAUUUCAGUACACAGGAGGAUUUAUUAAAUCCUAUAAAUUAAAGUAAAUACAUUUGUAUCUUAUUUCAUAAAAUUAUAUUCACCAAUUGAUUUUAUGUAUUUUUAAGAGAAAUAUGCCAUUAAAAAUACAAAAUUAAACCGUUUUGAAUGUCCAA